GUUCAUUAUGUAGGCAGGUAUGUACCUGAGUGAGUCAGAUUUAUUUCAGUUUCACAAGACAGGUGUGUUUUCUUUUUCAAAUUCUAAUUUACAACAAUUUCUACAAUCCUUUUUUUUUUUUGCGGGUGUAAAAAUGAUUCACAAGCUAAGAACAAAGGAUGGAUAAGUGAUUUGCAAAGUUGGAUGUUACAUAUGUUAAUAGUGUGAAUUUGGAAUAUACAGACAAAACAUCAUGACAGUCCAACACAGGUAAGCUUCAGGCCAAGGUAAUACAUGUGUGUGUAAAUAACAAUUAGGCCAAAAUAUCAGUUAGUCAAGGGAAUUCUAGACAAUGGUGUUGGCACAAAUCUGCUUUAUAAACAAUUUUUAAUUUCUCAUAUAUUCCAUACAUUUUUAAGAGAAAUGACACUAACAAGAUUAUAAUAACGAAAUCCCUAUAUGUCAACUAAUGAUCUUUCAUACGUGUAAAGUUGGUAGGGGGAACAGUUUGGGUGAUCAGGGGUACAGUCAUUCAGUAAAAAAACAAAAUCAGGUAAAUAUAAAUAAAUAUCAGGAAAAUUCUGAAACUCAUUAGACCAAAACAAGAAACAAUCUCAGAGACAACAAAAAGGACACAACUAUGACCUAAAAAGGCAGAGUGAACAUGGACAACAUUUCAAUGUCGUUUAUUUGUCAGACAGUGUGAUUUCAGAGGGAGGGAUGGUACAUUUUUUAGCUACUUAGCAGUGCAAAAUUUGACAACAAAUCACCACAGAUUUGGGUUGUCUUUCAUCAAAGUCACAUAGAUCCUUUUCUAACCUAGUAGGCUAGUAGCCUACUCUAUUAUCACAAAAGAAAGACAUUUUUGGGGAGAGAAAAAUUGGAUAUCAUGAUGCAUAAAACAGAUGUGUUAUGUUAAAUCUCAGUGUUAAGUCCUCAGCUAUUGAAUGUGCUGUCACUGCGUAGGUGGAAAACUGGUGACAGGAUUUAACAUUGAUUUUAAAGUGACUUCAUUCAAGAAGUAAAUAAAAAUUAACAAAGAAAAGCCCAUUGCAUAAUAACUUAAAAUACCUUAAACACAAUUGAUAGCUUAAGCACUCUACAAAAGAUAUACCCCUCUUAUCCUAAUACCUGUAAACAGAAUUACAAAGGACUAUACAAAGUUAUAGAUGGAAUGUUUGAAGGAGAAGUGAGGUCAGGACAGGUAUACAUAUACCCUGGUCACCUACACAGGAUGAAUACUUCCUUGUCAGUCACAAUUCUUUUGCUACAAGUUGGAUACAUCGUGUCUCAGUUAUGUCCCAGUACUGUGGACAGCUGCACUUGUGAAAAUGCAUCGAACUCAGACAAAAGAAUUAUAAGAUGUAGAAAUCUCAAUACAAUGCCAAAUUUUAAUCCAUCUACAGAGGUUUUCCUGAAACUCGAUCUGGAUGAUCCCAGUAAUACCAUACAAGUACUUCAAAACAAUGCAUUUGACGGAAUUCUUGUGGAAGAAAUUGACUUGUCAAAUGAAAAACUCAAAUUACGUGAUAUUCAACCACAAGCCUUUUCUGGAUUGAAACAACAUUUGAAAAUCAUCAGACUGCAGGGUGACACAACAAUACCUCCACCAUUUGAACCAAUGAAAAAUUUGACAAAUUUGCAAGAACUUCAACUACAGUUUUUUUAUUUGCCUGUAAUCGAUGAAAACACAAAGUUCAAUUAUUUUCCUAACUUGCUCACCUUGCGGUUGCGAAACACGGCAACAACAUUCGUGUCAUCUAAUUCUUUCAAGAAUCAGCUACUGCAGUUAAAACGAUUUGAAUUUGAAAAUAAUGCUGUGCAAACUUUCCCUAAGCCUGCCAUUAAUCGACUGAGAACUUUGGAACAUCUUUCAUGGCUUCAUAAUGGAAUGACAAGUGUCACAUACGGAUCCUUUGACUCUCUAAAUAAUCUCAUUGAAUUAGACCUAAGGGGAAAUAAUAUAGGCAAUCUAGAUUAUGAGUGUUUUAAAGGAAUCACAGAAAAAUUAGAGUUCCUCAGUCUUCAACUCAACAGACUGAAUGAGUUCAACAUUGUGCCAUUAGGAAACCAUUCUUGGCCCCGACUGGAACAGCUUAACUUAGGACACAUGUUUGGAAACUUUCAAACAAUUCCACCGGGGUUUUUCAAGAACAUGCCCAAUCUGGCCAGUCUAAUGUUGCCUGGAAAUAAAUUCAGAGUGAUAAAAAGUAAUGAUUUUGAAGGUCUUGGAAAAAUGCACUCAUUGGACUUGUCUGAAAACUGGAUAAACACAAUUCAGAAAGGUGCAUUUGCCCACAUGUCACUUCUAGAUACACUGGAUUUACGAACCCAGUUUGAUGUCAGUUCCAGCAAUCCACUGAAUUUCAGCCUAGAUGCAAUUCAAGGCUCUGAACUUGCUAUUAAGACCCUAUAUUUACAGGGUAACCAUUUAAUAGAACAAUAUGCAUGGGAAGCUAUCGGUGCCAUGAAGAAUCUGAAUAACUUAGACAUUUCUAACACAAAACUGUCCAACAUCCCAACUUUAAUUUUCUAUGGUCAUAAUCAUUUGGGUGACCUUAGAAUAAAGAAUAACACUAUCUCAGCACUAAGACAAGAAUCACUAUAUGGACUCAAAGAUUCCCUUAUAACCAUAGAUAUUUCUUCUAACCAGAUAUACACAAUCAAUGAAUGUGUCUUUAAGGGAUUUACAAAACUUAAGUUCAUUUUCGCAGGAAGUAAUGUUCUUGUUUGUGACUGCAAUAUCUUUGGAUUUUACCAGUUUCUCAAAACAACAAUCACUUCAAAUGUAGGAUAUGCAGAGGUACGUUGCAUUAAUUUAGACAACAAACAAUUGACUUCACUGCAAACUACUGAGUUUUGCCAGAGCCAACCAACAGAGGCUACCUGUCCAGAGUUCACAACAACAACGACAUCUAUUCCAACAAUACUACCCAAACCAGAUGUCCAAUUUGGAAUUUCCAGUAUCACCAAAGACACAAUAGUCAUUUCUUGGACAGUUAGUGGAGACACAACAUACCUGAAGAAUUUUCAGGUGAGUUAUAAGCGACUAGCAGUAAACAACCCAGAUCUCAAAAUUUUUCGAACGGACAAAUCAAAACGGGAUCAUCCAAUAACUGGACUUAACCCUGGAUCUAGCUAUGAGAUAUGUUUCUAUAUUGAACUGACAGUAUCUUCAUCUCCAAGUUUUGUAUCAUGUCUAACAGAUCAGACACAGGACAAUACUGUAGCAACAACAGCAUCCAACAUCGGAUCAGAUGACAACACUGGGAAAAUUGUUGGGGGAGUUUUGGGAGGCUUCGCAUUUAUUGCCCUCCUUGUUGUCUUGUUCAUACUUUACACCAUUUUCAUGAGAAAGAAAGAUACAAAACCACCCCUCCCACUACCUGCUGCAAAUAUUACAAACAUCGGAUUUCAAUCGCGUCCAACAAGUCAGCCCAGAGUGUUCAUCAAAAAAGCAAACGGUGAUCUGGAAACUGUAUCCAAUGGUAAAAUUGACUUUUCACGUCUUUCUGGAGGAAGUUACUCAAAUAUUGACCCCACUGUCAGCAAUGACCCUUACCCAACCAAAGGAGCCACAGGGGGUGGUAGGGAGAGGGAACCUAGUAAACAACAACAUGUAAAACUACCCCACGAACACCAGCCUAAGGAAGCCUCAGACAAUUCCCGUUACACUCGAAUGCCAGGAGCACCGCCUUCAAACACCCACUACAUCAACGAAGUCAGAAUGGAAGAACCGGAUCACUACACAAAUGCAGUAGAAACGCGGCCAUUACCACAAACCCCUGGCAAUAAACCAUUAUCCAACUCCUCUGGAGGGGGGUUUUUAAAUCAUGGAUUUGCACAAAGUCCAGACACUGAAUAUCAUGAACUUAAUUAUGAUUCCGGAACAGUUGUGUGAAGUGAUAGUAUAGUAUGUGUAUUAAUUUCACAUGUGUCAUAACAUCUGGAUUUCCUAAUGGACUCUAGAAUGCAGUAUUCUGGGAACUAUGGUGAAAUGUGCUCCACGGGAAUUCUGAGGAUCGGUCACUGAAAGUGAAACUUUACGGUGUUAAUGUAGACCACAUAAUGAAAACGAAGCAUACCAGAACAAAGAGUAGCAUUUUAUGCUAUACCAAAAGUACUGUACAAUAAUUUGAAUUUGUGGGCAAUUUUUGUGGAUUGUGGAGAUUUUACUAUUUUGCUGGGAUGUAAUUUUCGUGGAUUGUGGAGAUUUUACUAUUUUGCUGGGAUGUAAUUUCAUGGAUUCUGUACAUUGAAAUAUUGACGUAUAAAUUGUGUAUUUCGUUGUGGUUUGCAAUUCAUGGGAUACGAGUACCACAAACAUUGAGCCCCGCCCACAAAAUCUACCACUUCCACAGUGCCUUCUCUCCUACAACCAGAAGUAUAUAUUUUAGCUACCACUAGAAUUAUUUCUACACAUUAAAGAAUGUAAAUAGUUAUUCAUCAUGCAUUUUGCACAUAGAUUUUUUUAUUUCUAAGUCUACACAUAUCAGUCAGUCAGAAUGAUAAGAUACCAUAUACCAGUACACUUUAAACAGUUGCUUUACACCAAUGUUAUGUGUUUACUUAAAUGAAUCAUAGCAUAAUAAAUAAUCACAGGAUUUUCCUUUUAUGUUAUCAUUAUCUUUACAUGGAGACUGAUAACAUCCUGUAUACUAAAUAUAGAUUUAACUACAUGUACAUAUCAUUAGUUUACAUUUUUAUCUUAUAUAUGUAAAAGUACUUUGUUUUUUGUUGGAAGUUUAUAGUCUUUGUCUUUUAUAUAUGUGUUAUUUCUCCAUUUCUAAUCAUUUGUAGCUAAUAAGAAUGUUUAUCAAUCUGGCUGAAACAAAGUUUCUAAAUAUGAAAGCUUAUGAAUAAAAAUCUAUCAAUAAGCAUACAGUGUAUUUUAUCUUAAAAUUUUGCUGUAAUAUUGCUGUUUCUGGAAUUUUCAAAAUUAAAAUGGAAUAACCCCCUCCCCAUGUCAAGCCUUUUUAGAUACUCUUAUAAAUUUCCUCCAUAAAACUUUUCAAUUUUUUUUUUUUAUUGUAUCAAAACAUCAAGGUCAUCUGUACUGGAGUCUGAUUGAAUUUUUAGCUAUAAAAGAACUAUGGUGCUCUUUAUAUGUACAAGUAAACAAGAGUGUGAUGUCUGAAAUAUUUUGUGUACAAUGAAGUGUUGGAGUAUGAUUAUAUAUGCCAGUAUUAUAUGGAUGGUUAUAAGGAUUCAUGUACAUGUUUUUGUAUUCAAUAUUUGAAUAUUUUUUUAAUAGAUUUCAAACUGAGAGCUUACUUUCUACAAACCGACUGUGUGUAAUUUCCAAAUACAAUUAAACUUGCUUACGAUAUAAUCAGAUAUUCACUAAUGUCAGGUUCUUUGUAAAUAAGUUUUACUAUACAAAGCUUUAAACCAUCAACCACCACUGGAAAAAAAAAGAUUCCUGAUGGUUAUAAUGCACUGUUUGAUCUCUAACCCUGAUGUGAUAAAAUCUUUGUCAUUCCAAGAAAAAUCAUGAUAUAGUUCAUAUCAUUAUGCAACCAAGAAUUCUAUUUUAUCUACAAAUGUUGUAAAAUAUAUAGUGUAUAUUUGUCUGUAUACUUAUUUCAAUACUAUUAUCAUUACAGAGGAAAUCUUAAUGAAUGUUAUCACAUUAAUUAAACAAUCAGAAAUUACA